CGGAGAGAGAGGGGAGGAAACAAGUUGGAGUUGAGUGCAAGUUGAGUGCGGCAAGCAACGCCCAGUGAGCAUCCAUCCAUCAUGGCGCUGGUGGGUGCGUUCGGCGUCGGGGUGCUUGCGGGGACCUUGUACGAUUCGUGGCGAGGGAAGCGGUCCAACGUCGUCCUCGGGCCCAUCUUCCGACCGCAGCCCUCGUCCGAGGCCGCCAGCCAGGAGGCCACAGUCCCCUCGUGGCGGGAGCUGUCGGUGCUGGUGCGCGACAACCCCCGCGAGGCUGCCAGCCGUGUGUCGAGGGCACUGGGGCUGCCCGUGACGCAGUUCCUGGCAGCAGUGAGAACGGAGCUCGAUGUGAUAGCGCCGGGACUCGCCAAUGUGGCCGCAGCCACCUCACUCGGUGAGCUGAGCUGUGACCUUACACACAUCAGUACAAGUGUGCCCUGUCUGUCUGUCUGUCUAUAUGUCAGGCGGGUUGGCCUUUUUCACGAUGGAGCGUUCGACCCAGCUGUGUAGCUAUGCGCUGGGCAUCGGGUCGCACAUGACGGGCACCGGCUUCUUCAUGGGCUGCGGCGGCCUACUGGCGUCAGGCGCCACAGCCGGGUACCUGGUGCGUGAGGGCAAGUACUCGCCCGAGCCGGCCAUCGCCAUGGUGCAGGCCACCAUGGACGGCGUGGGGGCAUCCAUGGUGUAUUACCUCAUGGGGGGGUCGUGGCGCACCCUGCUCCCCAACUCGCUGCUCUUCGCCGGCUGCUUCGCCCCUCGGUCAUUCCGGUACCCCCGCAAGGGCCGCCACGUGAGCCCCUCACACACGAGCGGCCAUCGGUCGGUGGCCCCCGCCAUCCAGUCGCUGGGCAGUGUGUGGGGAUGUCACUCGUGCGGCACGUAUACUGGUCCCUUUGUGGCGGACCACUGCCCGCCCACGGCCCUGGUGGAGCGUGCCAGGGACCGGCUGUGGACGCGGUACAUGAUCGGCGUGCCGAGCCAGCAGCUGCUGCCGCAGUGUUCCAGGUGCAGCGCGCGGCAGGGCGAGGUCGUCAAGGACAUGAUGAGCCAGCCAAACAUGCCCCUCAUGCAGUGGGUGCAGAGCCCACCCAGAAGGGCCCUCAUGACUCACUACUUCUCCGUCAGGUCAGAGACACACAGCCAGCCAGCCAGCCAGCCAGCAAGGCAGCCAAUACCACACGGAUUCAUUCAUUUCCCUCUCCACUUGCCGACACCUACCUAUAUGUUCAGGCGUCACGACUUGGCCGGUUUCGCCUGGGCUGUGGCGGCCUACACCCACCACCACGCCACGCGCAACCUGCCCACCCAGGGCGACAUGGACACUCUGCAGAGCCGCAGGCCGACCAGGUCAGGGGAGGGCGACCGGGACAUGCUCCUGAUGGACCGGCUGGCGGAGAGGCUCAAGGUCGUGCCGUUCGUGCCGCAGUCAUGGGGGCUGCAGCAGUAGAUAGAUAGAUGGGGAUGGGUGGGAAUGUAUUCUGCUGUGAUGCCGCGCCCGCUUUUUGCUGCUCGUGACGCGAUGGUGGCGUGUAGCUUGGUUUGCAUGUCGCGACUUCGAAUUUGUCAACAGAAAGACACACGAGUGCACUCGUC